AUGGACGGGAAAAAGAGAAAGGUAAGCGGCGACGACGGCGGCCUAGGGCAACUUUGUAGGCGUAAUGUCGCCGGAAAGCCCAAAAGAGAGGCGGCCAAAGUCCUCCGAGCUCUCAUGGUGGAGGACAAUAACAACUGCCCGGAGCCCAUGGAGGAAGAGGACGACGACUGCUUCUCCAUUGGCUUUCUCCGGACAGGUAGGGUAGAGCCUGCCGUGCUGGUCCCCCUGUCGGUGCCGCCCAGAUACACCUUGAUCCGGGAGGUGGGUCGGGGUAGUUACGGCGUGGUGUACGAGGCCAUUGCCCGGAAAAACGGAGCCAGGUUAGCCGUGAAAAGGCUCCUGUGUGACGCCCCGGAGAACGUCGAGCUAGCUCUGGCCGAAUUUUGGGCCCUGACCAGUCUGGAGAACCGACACCAGAAUGUGGUCCAACUGGAGGAGUGCGUUCUCCAAAGGAACGGAAUGGCCCAGAAGAUGAGUCAUGGCAACAAGAGGUCCAAACAAUACCUGAGGCUGGUGGAAACAUCACUAAAAGGAGAACGCAUCAUAGGUCAGUCAUCGGAACCCUGUUACCUCUGGUUUGUCAUGGAGUUUUGUGAAGGUGGCGACCUCAACCAAUACAUCUUGUCCCGACGACCCGACCCCCAAACCAACAGAAGUUUUAUGCGGCAGUUGACAAGCGCUGUGGCAUUUCUGCACAGGAACAACAUUGUCCACCGGGAUCUGAAGCCAGACAACAUUCUCAUUUCACAGAAAUCUGGUGUACCAGUUCUCAAAGUUGCCGACUUUGGUUUAAGUAAAGUUUGUGCAUCCAUGAGUUCUAAGAACGCUGAGGACUUACCCACUGCAGGUGUUGGGAGCAACCAGAACAACAUUGUCAACCUUAACAAGUUAUGGUUGUCUUCUGCUUGCGGGUCCGACUUCUACAUGGCCCCCGAGGUGUGGGAGGGCCACUACACGGCUAAGGCGGAUAUCUUCGCCUUAGGCAUCAUCAUCUGGGCGAUGAUCGAGCGGAUCACUUUCAUUGACGCGGAGUCCAAGCGAGAACUGCUGGGCACCUACGUACGUCAAGGCUCAGAGAUUGUUCCUGUUGGCGAGGCUCUGCUGGAGAACCCCAAAAUGAUCCUCCAUAUUCCUCAGAAGGCCAGAAGCUCCAUGUCCGAAGGUGUGAAGAAACUCCUCCAGGAAAUGCUUGCUUUCAACCCUCAGGAGCGACCUGAUGCCUGUCAGCUGGAAGUGCAGAUGGUCCGGGUCACAUGCGCCGCAUGA